UUUUACCCUGUCAUAAUAACAUUUUAAGUCAACUUUUUAGAUAAUGAACAAAUUUAAAUCAUUUCCUUUCUAUUUCUUGAAUGUAAAGUUUUCCAAAUUUCUAUACAAGAACGGCAGCAGGUUGCUUUUCGGGAAUUUAUCAAUAAUAAUGGGACAAACACUUUCGGAACCGAUCACAGCCAAAGAAACGGCUUUUGUGAAAAAUGACCUGUACGAGGUAGCCAGUAGCGCGAUGCAAGGAUGGCGUAUCAAGAUGGAGGAUGCGCACACGCAUAUUCUCUCGUUGCCGGACGAUCCCGGAACGGCGUUUUUUGGGGUGUACGAUGGACAUGGAGGCGCCAAGACAGCCCAAUAUGCUGGAAGAAACUUGCACAAAUUUAUUAUCAAUAGGCCCGAAUAUAAGGAGGGAAAUAUUACAGAGGCAUUGAAACAAGCAUUUUUGGAACUUGAUAACGCUAUGAUAGGAGACGAAUAUUUAAAAGGUGAGCAUUCGGGAUCCACCGCCGUCACAGUCAUCAUCAAGGACAACAUACUGUAUUGUGCGAAUAUAGGAGAUUCAAGAGCAAUCGCCAGUGUAAAUAAUAAGCUAGAAAAACUAUCUUGGGACCACAAACCGAAUAAUAUAGAAGAGUCCAAACGUAUCGCCGAGGCGGGCGGAUGGGUCGAUUGCAACAGGGUCAACGGAAACUUGGCCCUGUCCAGAGCUUUUGGCGAUUACGUUUUCAAAGCCAACAGUUUUAAAGGAGACGAGAAACAAAUUGUUAUAGCUGUACCGGACAUAGUGGAGAGGAAAAUCACUCAGGACUGGGACUUUUUGAUACUGGCCUGCGACGGAAUCUGGGACGUGAUGUCGGACGAGGACGUUAUGUAUUAUGUCACCGAGAAUAUCGCCAACGGACUGGAAUCGGAACUCAUAUGCGAGAACCUGAUGAUGAAGUGUCUGGCUCCCGAUUGUCAUCUGGCGGGCUUGGGCUGUGAUAACAUGACAGUUGUACUGGUGGUAUUCCUGCACGGCGACAGUUACGACAAAGUGAUCGAAAAGUGUAAAAACUACGUGGCGGAGCACAAGAUCGGCCACGAGACGGACGACUCGGAGGAGCCGAGAGACAGCGAGGACGAGGACGAGGACAAGAUCCUCGUGUUCAGCGACGCCCAAUCGAAAGAGGAGGAGCCUCACAGCCCCCCCCCGCCUCCCUCGCCCAAGCCGGCCGCGGCCGGGUGCUCGGCCAAGCGAUGCGCCGCCAAUCAGAACCAACCGAACAAAAGCGAAGGGGAGGAGCAAUAACGUUCGCACCUUCGCGCCUUACCAAUCUGUUUCAAUUUUUAUUUGGAUAAACGUGUACAGAGUGUCGUAUUUUUAAACGCCCCCCCGAAAAUAUUUUGAACCACUCUGUACUUUUGGUAUAUCGGGUGACAACUAAAUCGUUAUAUAAACCACUAUUCAAAUGUAUUUUAUUGAAAUACAGGGUGUCGCAAUAUUCAAGGGACAUAGAAUAAUUUAAUUCGCAUUUUUGGAAUCAGAAUUAGUUAAUUAGAUACAAUUAUUUACCUUUAUACAAUUUUUUUUUAUUUAUCUGUUAGAGGGCAUCAGUCACAAAUAAAUCCAAACGUUAAUUUAAUAUUUUUGAAGCUUACUGUCAAAGAUUAUUUGUGACACAAACAUAAAUUUCCACAUUUCGUCCAACUAGAUUAUUAUAACCUACUAGAUAUGAAUGUUUGAUAUAACAAGAAAUGUAGUUUGUAUUUUUUCUUUUCUGAAAAGCUAUGACGGGUCAAUGAUACUAUAUUGAACAGGUUGCCUCGUAACUUUUGGACCAAUAGAAGCGAAGCGACAACUACGUCACAGGUAUGCUACAGAACGCAGUGGCGGCUCGUGAGUAUAUAGGAAGGUGACACUACAUGAAGUUAAUAAUUUUGUUUAAAUACGAAUAAAUUUUCUCACCUAUGAAGUAUUAGUCUAAGAGCUAGCAACGUUUUCGAGAAAGUAUUUUAAGACGUCUGGCUCUUUGAUAUAUAUUUUACUAUGCUCUCUGGAACAGCAUACGGCCCGUCUGGCUG